AUGCGUUCCUUUGCUCCACUCUUCUUCUUCGUCCUUGCCGCCUCGGCAACUCCCUCCCCAAACGCUAUCGACCUCGCAGUCAAGUCCACGAGCAACACCACCCCCAUCCAACCCGGAGCGUUCAACUCCUCCGCUCCAUCCAUCGCAGCCGUCACCUGCACCGGCUUCGUCGCCUUCAACAGCGCCGACGCCUUCGUCCUAGGCGACUACCUCGCCUCCCAGCCCGAUACCGCCAUCUCCGGCAUCCCGCGGUUCUCCACGCACACCAUGGCCUACGGGAACGCGCGAUUCUGCGUGCCCAAUACCACCGGCUCUGUACUGAAUGUCCGGUUUAACAGUAUUGGGAAUGGGAUUUUGGCCAUUGCUGGCAGGUGUUGCACUGCCGCGACGUGCUUGGGUGGGACUGAGACUAUUGUUGCGGUCGGGGAGAGCGCUGCGAGGAUCCCGUUGAGGUUGAGGGGGUAUAGCGAGUCGUGCUGA